AUGCCUACCACUCCAGCCAACCACGGCAAGAAGAAACCUGAACAGGGGGACAAGGUCGAAAAGGAGCGCGACGAUUUUCCCCCAGCGACUAUGGCAGAAAUUGCCGCUAUCGUUGAAUCGGAUCCGGUGUGGAAACAAAUGUUUGAAGACGCAUGUGUGGACAUCAAGGCAAAGCCACAAACGGAAGACAAGACUCGCAAGUGA